AUGAAGCGGCUUUCUUCUUCUCCGUUCCCGCUCCCACGCGCCCUGGUAAUCAUCCUGGUGAUCGUGUGCUGCUGCUCCCUGCUGCCAUUCCCAUGCUCUGCCGUUUGCAAAGGGCAUGCAUUUGGCGACUUUGGUCAGAGCGCUGGGGCCGGGACAAGGGGGGGAGGAAGCCAAUUUGAUCAGGGGGCUAUGCCAGGGGGAGAAGAUAACGGGGCAGAAGGAAACGGGGGAGGAGGCAACCAAGUAGGACGGACGCCUCCAGCCCCGCGGGGCAAGACACCGAGGAACCACAGGUGA